AUCCUGUGCACUAACUGGUACCCAUGCAGGAGGAGGAAGUUGUCUCGGUCUCUGACACCACCAAUUUCAGCCUCAGCACGACUGUCUCCACCAUGUGUCCAAUUAACCGGACUUUCACUAACCGUUACCUGUCGGCUGUGUACCUCAUCGUGUGCCUGCUGGGACUGCUGGCGAAUGGGCUGGGCCUGUGGAAUCUGUGUGCCGGGUCCCGGAGGAGCAGCUGGAGCACCCUCAGUGUGCUGGUGUGCAACCUGGGGGUGGCAGACCUACUCUAUGUGAUCACGUUGCCCUUCCUGGUGACCUAUUAUCUCCAGGGGGGCGUGUGGCUCUUUGGGAAAGGCUGCUGCAGGCUGACACGGGCCCUCUUCCACCUCAAUCUCUAUGCCAGCAUUGGCUUCCUGACCUGCAUCAGCGUCCACCGCUACCUGGGCAUCGUGCACCCACUGAAGAUGCUAGGUAGGUGCCAGACCCUGGGCCCCUCCUUACAGCUCAGUGCCUUGGUCUGGGGAUGGGUCAUCAUCCAGGUAUCUCCUGAUUUUUUCUUCAGCAAAACAGAUACCUCUGGUACACGGUGUCAUGAUACAACAGGUCAUGAGAACCUGGACACCUAUUUGCCCUACAUCCUGGCUGUAACCAUGACGGGCUUUGUCGUCCCCUUCCUCAUAAUCAUUGGGUGCUACUGCCACGUGGUGGUGGUCCUCUGGAGGAAUGAAAAUGUGGACCCAAACCUCAAGAGGAGGAGCAUCAAGCUGGUGGUGCUGGUGAUGGUCCUGUUCUCUGUCUGCUUCCUCCCAUACCAUGUCUUCAGGAACCUUAAUUUGCUGUCCCGAAGCUGGCAACUCCAGGGCUUCUGCACCCAGGCCACAAAAAACAUCUAUGUCUUCUAUCAGGUGACUCGGGGCCUGGCUAGCUUCAAUAGUGCCCUGAACCCUCUACUGUACCUAAUGACCAGCGAGGACUGUGUAUCACGUAUAAGGACUCUUGGUCAAAGGGCUGGCCAGUCUCUGGGGUCUCUCUGGGUGAGGAGAGCCCAGCGCCAAUCACAUCCAAAGAAAAUGAGCGUGAGGCUCCAUGAAGAAUUUGAAGAGGUAUCUGAUGAACUCUGAAUUGGUUGGCUGAGGAAAUAAAAGCAUAGUCGGAAUAGCUAGAGGUAACUUACUGGUGUGUAUUCCCUGCCCCCACCUGUCUGUUUUGCCUUUUUAGAGUGCAAGAACAUUGGGGCAGGAGCUAGCCCAAUGUGGGGGUUACUAAAAACUAUUACUAAAAAAAUGGGUACCAGCAUUACAGGGCUUGGGCCAAGCUGUCAAGCCCAUUUUUGUACCAUAUAAAAUAUUCACACAUGUGUGAAUUAUACACUGAAAUGUUUGUAACUUUUCCCCCAAAACAGUGGGUAAAACAUUGUUAAAGUUCAACUUUCAUACUAGCCCAUCAAGCUAACAACUCCCCUAUGGCUGUGUCUAGACUGGCAAGUUUUUCCACAAAAGCAGCUGCUUUUGCGGAAAAA